CGACAAGGCGCUGAAGAUGUCCCUGCAGAGGAGGAAGUCCAAGAUCCACUCGGCGGCAGGACCCCUCUGCCCCCCGUCGGGCUACAAGAAGGCGGACGAUGAGAUGUCCGGGGCCAUGUCCUCGACGGGCCAGGAGGAGGCAGCAGCCCGCACCAUUUACUUGAACCAGCCCCAGCCCAGCAAGUUCCAUGACAACCGGGUCAGCACAGCCAAGUACAGUGUGGUGACAUUUCUACCUCGAUUCUUGUAUGAGCAGAUCAGAAAGGCUGCUAACGCUUUCUUCCUUUUCAUUGCCUUAAUGCAGCAAAUUCCAGAUGUCUCUCCAACUGGAAGAUAUACCACCUUGGUGCCAUUGCUAUUUAUUCUAACCGUCGCUGGCAUCAAAGAGAUUAUAGAAGACUAUAAAAGACACAAGGCUGACAGUACAGUGAACAAAAAGAAAGCGGUUGUUUUAAGAAAUGGGAUGUGGCAAAACAUUAUGUGGAAAGAGGUGGCAGUGGGAGAUAUUGUCAAGGUCACCAAUGGGCAACACAUCCCAGCAGACAUGAUCAUUUUAUCUACCAGUGAACCGCAGGCAAUGUGCUAUAUUGAAACAUCCAAUCUAGAUGGGGAGACUAAUCUUAAAAUUCGACAGGGCUUGACACUGACUGCUAGUCUCCAAUCAAGAGAAGAGUUGAUUAAAGCGUCUGGGAGGAUAGAGUGUGAAGGGCCCAACCGCCAUCUUUACGACUUCACUGGAAACCUGCGUUUAGAUGGCCAAAGUCCAGCUCCAAUUGGACCUGAUCAGAUCUUACUAAGAGGCGCACAGAUAAGAAACACACAAUGGGUUCUAGGAAUAGUCGUCUAUACAGGGCACGAUACGAAACUUAUGCAGAAUUCAACCAAAGCUCCCUUGAAGAGAUCAAACGUGGAAAAAGUGACCAAUAUGCAGAUUCUUAUUUUGUUUUGCAUCCUCGUUGUCAUGGCUCUCGUGAGUUCUGUGGGUGCCUUAUUCUGGAACAGAACCCAUGGCAAAGUUGUCUGGUACCUUGGCUCAAAUGAAGCGCUGUCAGUCAACUUUGGAUAUAAUCUGCUCACCUUCAUCAUCUUGUACAACAACCUCAUUCCCAUCAGUCUGCUGGUGACUCUGGAAGUAGUGAAGUUUACUCAGGCUCUUUUUAUAAACUGGGACAUAGAUAUGUAUUAUGAUGAAACAGACACACCUGCAAUGGCCAGAACUUCAAAUCUUAAUGAGGAACUUGGCCAGGUAAAAUACCUGUUUUCUGAUAAAACGGGCACCUUAACAUGCAAUAUCAUGAACUUUAAGAAAUGCAGUAUUGCUGGAGUUACGUAUGGUCACUUUCCAGAACUGGCAAGAGAAUGUUCGUCAGAAGACUUCAGCCAGCUGCCUCCUUCCACCAGCGAAUCUUGUGAAUUCGAUGACCCAAGACUGUUGCAAAAUAUUGAGACUGAUCACCCCACAGCUGCUCACAUCCGAGAAUUCCUCAGGCUCUUGGCUGUGUGUCACACCGUAGUUCCAGAAAGAGAUGGAAACAAGAUAAUCUACCAGGCUUCCUCUCCAGAUGAAAGCGCCUUAGUCAAAGGGGCGAAAAACCUUGGCUAUGUCUUCACUGGAAGGACUCCAGAUUCAGUUAUCAUUGAUGCGCUAGGUGAAGAGGAGACGUUUGAGAUCCUUAAUGUGUUGGAAUUUUCAAGUAACAGAAAGAGAAUGUCUGUCAUUGUUCGGACUCCAGCAGGGCAGCUACGUCUAUACUGCAAAGGAGCUGAUAAUGUCAUUUUUGAGAGACUUUCCAAAGAUUCCCAGUACAUGGAGCAAACGCUGUGCCAUCUUGAAUAUUUUGCCACUGAAGGUUUGAGGACUCUUUGCAUUGCAUAUGCAGACCUAUCAGAGAACUCUUACCGGGAUUGGUUGAACAUUUAUAAUGAAGCCAGCACCAUCUUGAAGGACAGAGCUCAAAAGCUGGAGGAGUGCUAUGAGAUCAUUGAAAAGGAUUUACUGCUUCUGGGAGCUACGGCCAUUGAAGACCGCCUUCAAGCUAGGGUCCCAGAAACAAUAUCCACAUUAAUGAAAGCAGAAAUCAAGAUCUGGGUACUGACGGGGGACAAACAAGAAACAGCUCUCAACAUAGGCUACUCCUGCCGCUUAGUGUCUCAGAGUAUGUCUCUCAUCCUUGUGAACGAAGAAUCUUUGGAUGCAACAAGAGCCGCUCUGACCCAGCACUGCACAAACCUGGGUGAUUCACUGGGCAAAGAAAAUGAUAUUGCUUUGAUUAUCGAUGGUCAGACAUUAAAGUUUGCCCUUUCCUUUGAGGUCAGACAGUCCUUCCUGGACCUCGCGCUGUCAUGCAAGGCGGUCAUCUGUUGCAGGGUGUCUCCUCUGCAGAAGUCUGAAAUUGUAGACAUGGUGAAGAAGCACGUGAAUGCCAUCACCCUGGCCAUUGGGGACGGUGCCAACGAUGUGGGGAUGAUCCAGACGGCUCACGUCGGAGUGGGGAUAAGUGGCAACGAAGGCAUGCAGGCAACCAACUCCUCCGAUUACGCGAUAGCACAGUUUUCAUACUUGGAGAAGUUAUUACUUGUCCACGGAGCCUGGAGUUACAACCGAGUGACAAAAUGCAUAUUGUAUUGCUUUUAUAAGAACGUGGUUCUAUACAUUAUUGAGCUUUGGUUUGCAUUUGUGAAUGGAUUUUCGGGGCAGAUUUUAUUUGAGCGAUGGUGCAUCGGCCUGUACAAUGUGAUUUUCACAGCAUUGCCUCCCUUCACCUUGGGAAUCUUUGAACGGUCCUGCACUCAAGACAGCAUGCUUAUGUUUCCUCAGCUCUACAAAAUUACUCAAAAUGCUGAUGGGUUUAAUAGCCGGGUGUUCUGGGGUCACUGCAUCAAUGCCUUGAUCCACUCCAUCAUUCUCUUUUGGCUUCCACUGAAAGCCCUGGAACAUGAUGCAGUGUUUACAAAUGGCCAGAGUGUCGAUUAUCUGUUUGUGGGGAACAUUGUUUAUACGUAUGUUGUGGUAACAGUCUGUUUGAAAGCUGGUUUAGAAACCACAGCAUGGACAAAAUUCAGUCACUUUGCUGUGUGGGGAAGCAUGCUGCUCUGGCUGGUGUUCUUCGGGGCCUACUCGGCCAUCUGGCCCAUCAUCCCUAUUGCACCAGACAUGCUUGGACAGGCAGGAAUGGUGCUGAGAUGCGGCUACUUCUGGCUCGGUUUAUUUUUGGUGCCCACGGCGUGCCUUGUUAAAGACGUAGCGUGGAGAGCGGCCAAGCACACCUACCAUAAAACUUUGCUGGAGCAGGUUCAAGAAUUGGAAACUAAGUCCAAAGAGAUGGGGAAAUCUAUGCUGCGUGAUAGUAAUGGAAAGAGUGUGAACGAACGUGACCACUUGUUAAAAAGACUUGGUAGAAAAACCCCACCCAGUCUCUUCCGUGCUCAUUCUGUCCAGCAAGGAGUACCACAUGGGUAUGCGUUUUCUCAAGAGGAACAUGGGGUCGUUUCACAGUCGCAAGUUGUUCGGUCCUACGACACCACAAAACAGAAGGCUGGAGUAGAGUAG